AUGGCAUGUUAUGAUACAGAUGAUUCUGAAAUCAACGUGAUUACACUGCCGAACCGCCCAGCGAAUCCAGUUGGAGACACAAUUAUUGAAAUGGGCGUAAUCGGACUCCAGAGGUUGGAACAUCAAGCAACUGGACAAGACAACCGUCAACAAAACGAAGAUAACAUUUUUCCAACAAUCGAGAAUGCUGCACAAGAAAAUGAUGGAUUGGACACACUUCAGAACACCUUCAUAACCAUAUUCAUUGGUGUCGCCUGUUUCAUGAUCUUGGCUUUGGUUGGUAUGAUGAUUACAUUAAUCUUGGAGAUCACUCCUGAUUCAUACAAAGGUCUUACUGAUGCGAAUCACGUUUCUCCAACAGCACAUAUUCGUCACUUCCCUCAAAACGGCUGA